GGAAGAGCCGAAAGAGAAACAGACGAUCGGGGAAGAAAAUGUUUAUUGCUCUACAUGAGUGAAAAUCAGUCACUUAUUCAGCGUUCACAGUGAAGUACGAUAUCCUCCUCAAACACUGAUAACAUCACGUUGACAAGAAAGGCCGAGGGAUGACAUUUGAACAGACAUCUGAAGAUCUGAAGGCCUUUGAGAGGCGAUUGACAGAGGUGAUUGACAAGCUACAACCAGCUGCUCGUCUGUGGAGAAUUACCCUGAUCUUCAUCUCCGUGUGUACAGCUGCGGGAGCAUGGAACUGGCUGAGGGACCCAGAUACGUCACAGGUAACAUUCUUCCAGUCCUUGAUGAACCAUCCUUUCUUUGCCAUCAGCUGUUUGAUCCUGCUCAUAUUAUUUUUGUGUGGGAUACACAAACGAGUUGUUGCCUCAUCAAUAAUUGCUUCCAGGUGUCGCCAGGUUUUGGCAGAUUAUAACAUGUCAUGUGAUGAGACGGGAAAGUUGAUAUUAAAGCCGAGACCAACCACAUGACACACAUCCCCUGAAGCCAGUGGUGCCCAUACUACCAGUCACAGCACCUUACCGGUGGACUUCACUUACCAGAGAAUUGAAGUCUAUCGGGCUUCAGUGAUCAAAAAGAACAUAAAUGAAGUCUAAUAUGGUACUGGGUACAUGUCCGGUCUUAACUGGCAUUCUGUAGUAGGUGUUAAUAAUGAGGUUGAAUAGGGCAACUUUGUUGGUAAUUUAUAUUUAACAUACAGAAGGAGAGCAAAGAGGUGUAAAGAGAAAAGAAGCCAAUUCCUUGCACACGUGCACAUAAUAUGGUCAACAGAAAAAACGGAAGUACGUGUGCAUGUGUUUUUCAUCCUAAGGAUGAGCCUCUUUAUUGAAGUCUUCAGCAUCAGUAGGGAUAAUAGAAUUUGACUGAUUUGAUGUGUAUUUGGUAAAAAAGAUAAAUGUCCAUAUGCUGUGGGGUAUAACUGUUGGCUGAACAAGGUUGCAAUGCGUAAUGGUGUGUGCUGUGUCCAUGUAUAUAUCAGUGAGUUGAAGAUUGGGUGAGUCCAUGUACAAUGCUGUAAGUUGGGUGAGUCCAUGUACAGUGCUGUAAUUUGGAGAUUGGGUGUGUCCAUGUACAGUGCUGUAAAUUGGAGAUUGGGUGAGUCCAUGCACAAUGCUGUAAGUUGGAGAUUGGGUGAGUCCAUGUACAAUGCUGUAAGUUUGGAGAUUGGGUGAGUCCAUGUACAAUGCUGUAAGUUGGAGAUUGGGUGAGUCCAUGUACAAUGCUGUAAGUUGGAGAUUGGGUGAAUCCAUGUACAAUGCUGUAAGUUGGAGAUUGGGUGAGUCCAUGCACAGUGCUUUAAGCCUUCAUAUAAGUUAAGCAUACAUUUUAAUAUGGUGUCAUAUGUAAGUUCUACAACGAAAACAUCAUCAGUACAUGUAUUUGUGUUAGAUGUCAAGUCAGUGUAAAAAGAGAGGGUGAAAGUCAUGUUGUGUUAACACUAAAAAUACCGUUGUCACGAUUUUCUCUAUGUCCUGAGUAUUUGAUAUCUACAUUUAGGGCUAUACCAUAGUGAUAAAAUGAAAUUGCUUGUAAGAAGCCAAAGCCCUGGACAUUUUUUGUGUAAUUAGGGUUAUUAAAAUGUUUGUACAUGUAUGUAAAACGAGUAUGAAUGACACUUCCGACCUGUAUCUUUUGUGCCUCGCUCCCUCCUUAGUGAAUUAUUUAACAGGGAGUCCCAUAAAUUAAUCACUUUUUCUCACCAGUCAAAGGUGGACUGCUGCAUUUGUUUCAAACAGCUGUUUUGAUUCUGAACUCUAGCACCACCUGGCAGUUUGAGAGGUGAAACAACACUAAUGACUUAGUUGUAUGCUUGUUGUUUGAUAUCCUCCAGUGACAGCCAUUCAUCUCUUAUUCACCAAGUAUGCACCAUAUCGAGUAUAAAGCUAUGGACAUUUACAUUUUAAUUUCAUUUAAAACAACAGGCAAGUUGAAUA